AAUGGACAUUUAUUUUGCUUUUUCAUAAUGGAUCAAUCUAUCAUUGUGAAAACAUGGUUAAAAUUCAAUGUUACUUGAUCUCUGAUUCUUUUGUUUACUACUGCCGUUGAAUAUCCAUCACCUGUCCCCUGCAUGGCAACAUUCUUAAGCAGAAAAGUUUUUCUGUUUAGUUGCAUGAAUUUCAAGCAAUUUACAUUUAGAAUCCAUAGCCUUUAAUCCUUCGCUUCUUACUUGCUUGUUGGAUAAUCAAAUUAAGCAUGGUCAUCUUCCGAUGCAUUUUCUCGAGUCUCACCGGAAAAUUGCUACAUAUUUGACAGACCUGAGAUUUUCUCUGGUUGCUCUUUACCCUAUAUUCUCUCAGAUGGCCCUGCUAAUCUACUAGACUUCUGAGCAGGUCCACUGGUUACUUCAUACAGAUUAUUCCGAUCAAGGUAGUGUAUGGGAUACAUAUAAAUCUGCUUAUGAGACCACAAUCUCUACUUCUAGCUUUACGCUCAGUUGCUUUGGUCGGGUUAAUUUGUUUUCAGUAGGUUGCAUCUCACUAGUUGAAUAUAAAAAGACUAUCGUCAAUUUAUCUGGAGACCGAGACCGUGACAUACAAAUGGUGGUAUAUAUGGGAUUGUUACAACCCGAAAAGGAAAGGGAAAAGCCAGGUGAGAUGAGUUUCAUCACAAUAUGUGCUUGAAGGACUAUAACAUACCUAACAUGGAGCUACAGAAUAGGGGAAAUUACUCUUGACAUUUGACAGGAAAGCUCAAUUCCAUUACUGGUAUUGAUUUAACUUCUUUGUGACUACUAUCCAGAGUCAUAACUUAUGGGACAUAUGAGCAAUAUGGUGUAGAUAUUGAUUGCAGUUGGUCACUAGAGAACCGUUUCUUACCUUCUUAGCAUUUGAUAAUGUAGUUGCUAGUCUAAAUAAUGGACCAAAUCCUCUCCGGUGAGUUUGGUCAAGUUCCAUUCCGUUAGUGAAAUACGUUAUAAUAAUGUUGCUAUAUAAUUUCAAGUUUUACCCAAUUUUACAAUGUUAUUGCAACAUGAGUUAUCAUUAAUUGUAACUUACUUGGAUAUAACAGAUAGUGAAUUUGCAUGAGAGAAUUUUUGUCCCUAAAAAGUCGGAAUAUUACGGAAAGAUGGGCUGGUUGUUGAUGAUAAUUUUGAACCACCAAAUGAGUCAAAUUUGGGGGGUCUUUGUCAACUAAAAAUUCUCUGAAUCAUUGUCAAACUUGGAGCUAGAAGGAAGAAAAACAGAACUUUCCAGCAAAUUAAUAAUCCUAAUGGUAUUGUUUUUACAUGGUGCAAGUAAUGUAAAUGAUCCUAAUUUUCUUUUUCGUUUUUCUAAAAAAAACAAAUAAUCAACUCAACUGAUAGUCCUGUUUACAAAUUUUGGUGCAAAAUUAUGCACGGUUCGAAAAAAAAAAAAAACAAAAAAAUGGUGAAGUGUACCCGUUGGCAUUACACUAUUCUCCAGACUAUCACCUCUCUUUUCGUACAAUAAAGACAUCCAGCUCCAGAAACAGAAAAAAAAAUAAAUAAAUAAAUAAAAAAAACAAAAAAACCAAACUUUGUAAGAUUUAUUAUUUAAACUUCACAUUCAAAUCUUCAAUGAGACUCAAAACAAUUAUUUAAAACAAAAUACUUCCAAAAACCAACCAUUUUUCAAGAAAGAAUUAGAAGUACAGUAUUUAUUACCGUAUGAAUUUUCUUUUUUGCCCUUCUUAUUUUACUGAGCCACUUCUUCAUGUCCCUGACUUGUCGACUGAUUAUUGGAAAGUUGAGGUUUUCGUCGCACAUGCAAAGCACCUGAUUGCUUCCAAUUAAAGAGAGAGAGAGCAUGAACUGCCGAAGACACACCGACCGUUAAUUAACAGCCGUCACGCGCUUGAGAGAGAGAGGUAACAGAAAGUAGAGGGGGGGGAGAGAGAGAGGGGUUUUAGGUUCUGUGAAAAAAAGUUAACAAUUUAUGGGGACUAAUGUGGCAGAGGCCGACGAUUACUCGUCGCUGAAGGAUCUUAGAAUUGAAAUCGACGGUGAAAAUGGAACUUUCUCUCUCUGUUUCUGGCUCUACCUCACCAACUUCAGUCCAUUGCCCUCUAUAAUCCUUCGCCAGGUGAACUCGGAUACCGCUUACAGUAUCCCUUUUAUUGUGUUGAAUGAAAAGAAAAGACUGAUGAUUUUGCCAUUGCUAUUUCUACACGAAGAAGCUCCUACUCCUGGCAAUUUUAUUCCAUGGACAGAAGCUCCACAUGCAACUGCCAAUAUUGAGUUCCCUAUGAAGAAAUGGGUUCAUGUUGGAUGUGAGGUUUCUAUUGAUUUUGUGCGGCUUCACAUUGAUGGAGAGAUUGUGGGAGAGAAGCCUUUAACUUCCUCAUUGGAUGACAACUCGAAUAUUCUGAGGAGACUGCAUUUGGCUAGUAUUGAUGAAGAUGAAGGUUGUUUACAGGGUUAUGUCCGUGGUGUGGAAGUUUUGCCUCUAACAUCAUCUAUCAAGGAUCACUAUGCUAAGGACCCGCCUGUAAAUUUGUCUAUAGAUAGGUCAAGUGCUUCUGAGAUUGAAGAAGAGAGUGAAGGUGUUUGGAGCAUUGUUGGUGGCAAGGCAUCUUGCCGCAGGAAUUUUUCUUUGGAUGUUGUUUUAUUUGAUGCGUUUGGCCAGCCUGUAAACAAGGAAAUGGAGGUUGGUGCUUCCCUUUUGUACGAUGACAAUGGGGCACCUGUAGAAAAGCCUUGUGACGCAGAAGCUCCCCUUCUAACAAGUUAUGAUGGAAUCGAAUUUGCUUGUUUUGAUAGACCAAGCAAACUAAUCAAUGGCCGUGCUUCCUUUAAGCUCAAGAUAUCUCAGCUUUCAUCAAAGUGUGAUAACAGACUGUUCCAGAUUAGGUUUGACAUUCCAAAAAUGGAAAGAUAUCCUUUUCUUGAGGCAUUCUCACCUCCGAUUCGUUGUAUUUCGCGGAAUCGUAAUACGCGGAUAUCUACUGUAAUGUGUAACAAAUCAAUUUCCAUGAGUCAUUUGGUCAAUGGAUCUCAAUCUUCUGGGUUGGAUGAUGGAUCUACGGAACUUCUGCAAAAUAUUAUACAUGAAGCAAAACCAAGCCUGUCAUCUAAGCGGGUCAAAUUAAGUCAAGAAAAUUUAUUUGCAUCCAUUAAGCCCGAUAUUACCUUGGAGCGAGCUGAUGAGGAAUGCAACUCUCGUGUAUGGACUACUAAUGAGGACGAUAAUGCAUAUGGGACAAGUUUGGAGGUGAGACUAGAAAAUGAUGAAGAAACAGACAACUCCCCAUCUGAUUCUGAGAGUAUUGAAGCAAGAAAUUCCGUUUUUAAGUGUAUGUCAGCUAAUGGAAACCCAGUGUCAGAUUUGACCGUUUUCAAAUACUGCCUGGGAGGCUUAACUGAGAGGUCUUUUCUACUCAAGGAGUUUGCAACAUCAGCUUCUGAACAAGAACUUGCAGACUUUGCACAGCAGGUUUCCCUAUUUUCUGGAUGUUCCCAUCACAGGCACCAAAUAACAAUGGCAAAGAGAUUGAUAGAGGAAGGAACAAAAGUCUGGAAUUUGAUCUCACCGAACAACCAUCAUGUUCUUUGGGAUAAUGUGGCUUCUGAGAUUAUGGACAGUUUCAUGAAGAUUGCCUGCUGCAGUACCAGAUUUUUAACACAACAGGACUUCAAACUUCUAAGGAGAAUUGCAGGAUGCAAGGGAUUACUGGCCCGAGAAAACUUUGAGAAGAUGUGGUGUUGGCUAUAUCCAGUAGCUUUUACAUUAUCAAGAGAUUGGAUAAAUGCAAUGUGGGAUUCUGAAUCACCAAAGUGGAUAGAAGGAUUCAUUACAAAGGAAGAAGCAGAGUCUUCACUUCAAGGUCCCGGGGUCCUUCAAGAUCCUGGGACAUUUGUACUGCGAUUUCCUACUUCAAGGAGCUGGCCCCACCCAGAUGCUGGUAACUUAAUUGUUACUUACAUUGGUAGUGAUUACAUUAUCCACAACAGGCUGCUUUCGCUGGAUUUCAUUUAUAGUUCUGGUGAAAAGGAAAUGACUAUGGGACGACUACAAGAUAUGCUACUUGCAGAGCCUGAGCUCUCACGGUUGGGAAGGAUUAUUAGGAGUCACCAGCUUGGUUGAAAUUUAGCCUGCAUAUCCUCCUUUACAGAAAGAGUGAUGACCGUCAUUUUCUUCUCUUUUCCUUUCUGUUUUCUUCUGUUGUAUAUUCAUAGUCUUUUCACUGUAUCUCUGAAAUUUGAAGAAUGGAAAUAUCUAAUAUGUGAGGAUUUUCCUCCCAAUACCUGUUACAGACACAGCUUGAAAUUCAACGGUAGCCUUUUCCCCU